AUGUCUGAACAAGAAGAAGAAACAGCCCUGAAGUCACAGGAAAUUGAGACUCCGUCUGAGUCAAUUGAGAAAAAUGGACAAAAAGAAAACACCACCACGGAUAAUACUCUGAAUGGAAAUAAAAAAUCCGAUGAUUCCUUACAGCCAGCUACAGAAGAGGAAUUGCACCAACCAGAAAACGUAGUACAGGAAACAACUAAUAUUGAAUAUGUGGUAGAAGAUACAGUUCCUACUUCGGAUGACACAGAUUCACCUAAAAACACCGAGAAUAAUAAGCCUAAUACUGAGACGGACAACGCCUUCAAUGCCAACAUUGAGGGAACACCAAGAAGUAUUAACUCACCAGAAUCAGUCCCUGACACAGUAAUCACUCCAGCUGAGGAUGUAUCGGUUCAGAGUACCCCAAGAGCUAACCAUAAUCGUCAGAGUUCGAUCUUGUCAAUUUCAUCAAAUGCAACAGUCGAUAAUGCUCAAAUUUUCAAGAAAACAUUCGACAUAAUUCUUACUUCAAAAGAGGCCAAGAAAGAUGACAGCUUUAAGAAUUUGAUUCAGACUGCCCUUGAUUCUUUAAAUGACCCGGAAUCGAAAAAUCCUCAAAUUAUAUUCAACGCCCUAAAAGCAUGUUGUGAUACAUCAAGCACAAACUUGAAAUCAAAAGCAAUUGAUUUGUUUGCCAAAUUAUUUGAUUAUGCCCAGUUUGACGAUUAUUCGGAACAGGUUAAACUAACUGACGACUCAGUGAGCGUAAUAUCAGCUUGUUUUGAAGGAGAGGGAACGGAUCCUGAAUUGGAAGUACAAGUUGUGAGAGCUUUGAUGCAUAGUAUUCUUUUAAUGCCAUGCCACGGCGCAUCUUUGCUACAAGCUGUUAGACAGAUUUAUAAUGUAUUUAUUUUUUCAUUAACAGCCAGAAAUCAAGCUGUCGCUCAAGGGAUUUUGACCCAGGUCAUUGGAACAAUUUUCCAAAGAGUUGAAGAGUCAGUGAAGAAUAAGAGUAAAAGAAACAGUACUCCUAGAUUAACGUCAUCUUCUUCAGAUGAUAAUUUGGAAAUCCAAGCAUCCGAUGAAACAGAGAACCAAGAGAAACUUACGUUGAAACGCUUGGAAAACUUGAAUGAUGUUAUUAAUGACAAUGAUCGCUUAAACGAAGCCAAUUUUGCCACCGAAACAGAUGAAGAUUUAGCAGUCAAAGAUGCAUUUUUGGUAUUUCGAGCAAUGUGCAAGCUUUCAAUCAAGUCAUUAGAUUCAGCCACCAUUGAUAUGAAGUCACAUUCUGUGAGAUCAAAAUUAUUAUCAUUGCACAUAGUUCAUACUAUUUUGAAGGAUCACAUCGACAUAUUUUUGAGUCAUGAUGUUAUAAUUUUAUCUUCAAAUACCAACGAGCAUGUGCGAAUGGUAAACGCAGUAAGGCAAUACAUCAAUUUGGCACUUUCCAAAAAUGCCGCCUCAGCAUUGGCUCCUGUUUUUGAACUUUCAUUAGAGAUUUUUUGGCUCAUAAUUUCAAACUUGAGAGCAGAAUUUAAAAGAGAAAUACCUGUUUUCUGGGAUGAAAUAUAUUUCCCAGUUGCCGAAAUGAAAACUUCAAGUGCCCAUCAAAAGCGUUAUUUAUUGUCGAUAAUUGAACGAUUAUGCAAUGAUUCGAGAUGUAUUAUUGAAUUUUAUUUGAAUUAUGAUUGUGACAGCAACAUGCCAAAUAUUUGUGAAAAGCUUAUUGAUUAUUUGACCAAACUUUCAUUGCAAAGAGUUGAGGUCACUCCACAACAAAAAUAUGCCUAUCGUGAAAACAGAAGAAAUGGAAUAUCUGUUUACGACAUCAAUAAAAUUUCAAACCUCACCAGUAAAACUAUGUCCUCAAGACCACCUGAGCCAGAGAUCUAUAGUCAAUUCCCCUUGGAGUAUGCAUUAAAAAUGACUUCAAUUGGAUGUGCUGUAGCAUUCUUACGCUCGUUAUAUUCUUGGGCACAAAGGGGUCUUACCAAUGCCAACUCUAAACAGUUUACUAUUGAUAACAAUAACAAGUCGUUAUCGUCACUCAGAAACCGUUCAGACUCAACAAAUACAUCAAUUAGUGCUUCGAGAAACCAUUCAUUUGUCAACGGAGACAGCUUAACUGAUAGUGAUAAUCCUCAGCAAUUUGAAAACCAAAAGCAAAGGAAGAAGGCAUUUUUGGAAGGUGUACGACAAUUUAACCAGAAAGCCAAAAAGGGGUUGCGCUACUUUAUUGAUAAUGGGUUUAUUGCUGCAGAUGAUCCAAAGGAUAUUGCCAAAUUUCUUUUGACAACAGAUGGAUUAGAUAAAGCUACUAUUGGAGAAUACCUCGGGGAAGGUGAUGAAAAGAACAUUGCUAUUAUGCAUGCAUUUGUCGAUGAAAUGGAAUUUGAAGAAACAGGGUUUGUCGACGCAAUGAGAAGAUUUUUACAAUCUUUCCGAUUACCCGGGGAAGCUCAGAAGAUUGAUAGAUUUAUGUUAAAGUUUGCUGAAAGAUAUGUUUUGGGAAAUCCCGAGGUUUUCUCCAAUGCUGACGCCGCAUACAUUUUGUCAUAUUCGGUUAUUAUGUUGAACACUGAUUUACAUUCUCCUCAAAUCAAAAAUAGAAUGACCAUUGACAGCUUUAUAAUGAAUAAUUCUGGAAUUGAUGAUGGGGAAGAUUUACCCAGAGAAUUUUUGGAAAAAAUUUAUGAUGAAAUUCAAAACAACGAGAUUAAGUUACAAUCAGAACAACAUGCUGCAUUAUUGGCAGGUGAUCUUUCUAUUCCUGCAUCCGGUCAAUCAAUAGGAUUUUUCGGUGGACGUGAUGUUACACGUGAAGCAUACAUUCAUGCAUCAAAAGAAAUGUCAACCAAAACCGAAAAGUUGAUGAGAAACUUGGGUAAAAAAUCAAAAUCAGAUGACCUGGAAGGUGUUUUCUAUGCUGCAAGUAAUGUGUUGCACGUCAAAUCCAUUUUUGAUACAUUGUGGAUGUCGAUAUUAGCUGCACUCACUCCACCUUUCAAAGAAUACGACGAAGAAGAUGUCAGUCGAACAUGUCUUGAAGGAAUUAAGUUAUCCAUUCGCAUAGCGUGUAUGUUUGAUUUGAAUUAUGCCAAAACAUCUUUUAUUAGUGCUUUGGUUCAAUUUCAGAAUCUCCAUAAUUACGAAGAAAUGAAACAAAAGAACAUUGAUUCAAUCUACAUAAUGUUGGAGUUGGCAGUUUCUGAAGGAGAUCAUUUGGGGCGUGAUGCCUGGAUUCAAAUUUUAACAUCUAUAUCGCAAUUAGAACGAUUGCAAUUAAUUGCUCAAGGUGUGGAUCAGGAUUCAAUUCCAGAUGUUACAAUUGCCAAACUUGUAACGAGAAACUCUUUGGAGACUUCUCGAACUAGUGGUAGUUUUUUCAGAUCAUUUUCUUCUUCGCAAACACCAUCUCAAACAGCAGCAAGCAAGUUCCAUAAUCAGCAAUUAUCGCCAGAAGUUGCCAGUUUAUUAACAAAGACGGAGUUGGAAGUUGCUAUUGACAAAGUGUUUACAAACAGUGCUAAUUUGUCUGGAGAAAGUAUCGUCCAGUUUGUCAGAGCAUUAUCUGAAGUGGCACAAGAGGAAAUUGAUUCCUCUGGUCAAAGCACCAACCCUAGAACUUAUUCGUUACAAAAAGUUGUGGAUAUUUGUUACUACAACAUGAGUAGAAUCCGUUUAGAAUGGUCUCAGCUUUGGGCAGCCAUGGGUGAAACUUUUAAUGCAGUUGGUUGUCAUACCAAUCCUGCUAUUCUGUUUUUCGCUUUGGAUUCCUUGCGUCAGUUGUCCAUGAGGUUUUUGGAAAUUGAGGAAUUGGCUCAUUUUAAAUUUCAGAAAGAAUUUUUAAAGCCUUUUGAGUAUAUCAUACUACACAAUGAUUCUCUUGAAGUGAAAGAUAUGGUUUUGGAAUGCAUCAACAAUAUGAUUUUGGCCAGAGCUGAUAAAAUCAAAUCCGGUUGGAAAACAAUUUUUGGGGUUUGCACAGCUGCAGCCAAGGAAAACAAAGAGUCAAUUGUGAUGAAAGCUUAUAAAAUGGCCAACUGGAUAAACAAAGAAUACGUUGAAGAAGUAAGACUCCAAGACUCAUUUUCAGAUUUGGUGGUUUGUUUUACGGUUAUGGCCAAAAACGAAAAGUUCCAAAGAGUCAGUUUAUUAUCGUUAGACGUUUUAUCCAGAUUAAUCCAUGAAAUUGCUCAAUACACUGUGCUCAACACUGGUGAAGAUAAUAAACCAAUUGUUCCUGACAUUGAAAAAAAUGAACAUCUAGUAAAAUUGUGGUUCCCAGUUUUGUACGGUUUCCAUGAUAUUAUCAUGACUGGUGAAGAAUUGGAGGUCAGAUCACGAGCUUUGACAUAUUUGUUUGAUGUGUUGAUGAAAUAUGGACAAUAUUUUGAUUUUGAAUUUUGGAAAAUUAUCUGUGAAAACUUGUUAUUUCCUAUCUUUCAUGUAUUGAGUAAUCAUUGGGAAAUUGGACUUGAUGAUAUUAAUGACCAAUUAUCAGUUUGGCUAUCCACAACUUUAAUUCAAGCUUUGAAAAGCAUGAUGACAUUAUUCACUCAUUAUUUUGAUGCCUUAAACAGCUUUCUUGAUGGUUAUCUCGAGUUGAUCAUAUCUUGUAUAUGCCAAGAAAAUGAUACAAUUGCUCGUAUUGGACGUGAAUGUUUGAUAUCAUUGUUAAUCGAUAAUGCCCAAAACUUUAAUAAUGAACACUGGGGAAAGGUUUCAGAUGCUCUUAGCAACUUGUUUGAAUUAACAACUGCCAAAGAAUUGUUUACAUCCGACCCACUCAGAAAUAGAACUGUUAAAGAUAGUGAAGGUAGUUCAAGUGAUAUUGGCGGAGAAGAUGUGGAACACACAGAAAGCAAGAACUCUAUUAUUGAUGACGCGGAAGAGAGAUUAAAGAAAUCAAAAGAUAAGUCUUCCAUUGUUGUGAAGAGUGUUUUGCAGUUGUUAUUGAUACAAUCAUUGUCUGAACUCUUUGAAAGUGAUGAUUUCUAUGAAAAUGUGCCUUAUGAUUAUUUGUUUAAGAUGGCAAAAUUAUUGUUCAAGAGCUACAAUUUCGCUAAGAAGUUUAACGAUGAUUACGAUUUGCGAGUCAGAUUAUGGAACGCGGGUGUGAUUGAAAGGUUACCUAAUUUGUUGAAACAAGAGUCGUCCUCUGCUGCUGUGUUUAUAAACAUUACAUUCAGAAUGUAUUGUGAUGAUGACAAGGCGUCACCAGCAAACAAGCAAAGUUUAUUGGAUUAUCUUGUACCAUUGUGCAAUACAAUUGUCGAAAGGUAUUCAGAACUCGAUGAGACUAACCAACAACGAAAUAUUUCCACAUGGAAGCCAGUAAUAGUUGAAAUCUAUGAAGGUUAUGUCGAAUUAGAUGAUGACGACUUUACAAAACACUGUCCUGCAUUGUAUCAUUUGACUUUGAAAUUGUUUUCAAAGAGUAUGUCAAGUGAGUUGCGUUUGGCAAUGAAAGCUUUUUUAACUAGAGUGGGUGAAGAGUUUGUUAGUAUUUCUGACAACAAUAAGGAAAGAAGGUGA